GUGCAGAAGACUAGCAGCAGUACGCGUCACCGUCGCGCAAUUAUCCAAACAUCAUAUUCCUCCCAUCAUGCCCGACGUCGAGAUGGUGAAGGCCACAGACCAGAAGGACGAAAAGAAGGAUGACAAGAAGGAAGAACCCAGGCCCGCACCACCGACGUCUACGCAGGAGAUCAAGGCCAACAUCGCGCUCAUCGAACGCGCGAUCACCGACGUCGAACCCCGGUUCACCUACCGUGUAUUACGUUCACUUACUGGGUUGCGAAAGCGCAUAAAUGACAAGGUUUUGCGUGACGCCAUCGAAGAGAAUUAUCCCAAAGACUCUGCUGUCAAGGAUUCUAUUCUAUCAUGGCUCCCUCCUACUCCUCCCGCAGCACAGUCUAUGGAGAUUGAUACCGCUCCUAUAACAUCAGAGACAAAUGCUUCUACUCCUCUGCCUCCAUCGAAGCCAGCUUCUGAUCCUGUACCAGAAGUUGAGAUCUAUCUGCGCCUCCUCAUCAUUCAUCAUCUCCACUCCUCGAAAGACACAUACUCCAAAUCAAUCGAGCUCUCUCACGAAACUGUCGACAAAAUGCAGUCCAUGAAUCGCAGAAGUAUGGAUCCAAUAGCUGCCAAAAUAUGGUUUGCCGUGGAGCGAUCAUACGAACUCGGUGGAGAACUGGCAGAUGCCCGCCCAAUGUUCCUCGCUGCGCAACGCACUGCGUCCCUUCGCCACGACGAUGACACGCAAGCGUCGCUGAUCAAUCGCCUGCUGCGGGGUUAUCUACACUAUAACCUUUACGACCAGGCUGACAAACUAGUGUCCAAAACCAGUUUCCCCACAUCGGCGAGCAACCCGCAGUAUGCCCGUUACCACUAUUCCCUUGGUCGCAUUAAAGCGGUACAACUGAAUUAUACUGCGGCGCACACAAACCUGCAACAGGCUAUUCGUCGCGCCCCGACUGCAAAGACCGCGCCAGGGUUCUACCAGGCCGUGCACAAGCUUUUUGUGAUCGUUGAACUUUUAAUGGGUGAUAUUCCGGACCGCGGUCUGUUCCGACACCCUGUGUUAGAAAAAGCUUUGAGUGCUUAUUUCGAUAUCGUGAAGGCCGUCCGGACAGGCUCCCUAUCGGAGUUUCAGACUACCUUGAAUAAACACGCGGCGCAGUUCGAGGCUGACAAAACCUACACCCUGAUUGUCCGGCUCCGGCAGAACGUGAUCAAGACCGGUAUUCGGAGACUUUCUCUAUCGUACUCGAGGAUUUCUUUGCGUGAUAUAUGCUUAAAACUCCACCUCGAUUCCGAGGAAGACGCGGAGUAUAUUGUGGGUAAGGCUAUUCGAGACGGCGUCAUUGAGGGAAGAAUCGUCCAUGAGAAAGGUUGGAUGGAAUGCGGUGGCCAGAAGAAUGGUUAUGGCCCCGAGGUUAGCGAGGUGUUUGGCAGACGAAUUGGGUAUUGCUUGGAUUUGCACAAUGAGAGCGUCAAGGCAAUGCGCUACCCUCUCAAUGCACACCGGAAGGAGCUUGCUGCUGCGCAGGAUGCACGGGAAAGGGAGAAAGAGCUCGCAAAGGAAAUCCAGGAGGGGGAUUUAGAUGACGACGAGGGUCUUGGAGAUUAUUGAGAAUUUCUUUCCCCUUGUAGAAGUAAUGCAAUGCAUUUCCAUGGCUCGAUUUUUUUUUGGUCGAGCUGUACUUUGGAGCUGGUGGUUUUUGGCCAUGUAGUCCUCGGAUCACUCGAAACUCCCUAGCUCAACCCUAGCUUAUACGUACUAUCUUUGGCCCAGAGUUGCAAAAUGCGAUGUAGCACACUCAUCUUUCGCUCAUUUU